GGCAGCCAUUCACACAGGACACUGCAGACCAAGCCUUUCUGGAUGAAGGUCCCUUGGAGAAUGCAAACCUACUUCCUGCAUUCCCUUCUGCUUUGAUCUGCACACCUCCAGCAAGCACCAAGAGAUCUUGGAGGAGGCUGUCCCAAAGAUUCCUGCCAAUGCUUGCCUGAUCCUGCCUUCUGGGAAGCAUGGCCACCACAGGAUUAUGGGACAAAUCCUAGACCCUGAGCCGCACAGCUGCUCUGAAAGGCACACUCUACAGCCUUGCUUGGCUCCAGCUGCUGCCAAGCCUUGAGACUCACUCCCAUCCCUACAAUGCCUUCAGGAGCCAUGGCCACAGCCGUAUGAGACCAUUACAGAGCAGGACUUGACCUGCUACCCAGCAAGCCUCCUGAGUGGCCCCCAACACCUCCCAUGUCUGGCUACCAGGGCAGACUAGAAAAUGUCUGUGCCCCGGAUUCAAGUGGAAGAAGUGGGUGAGAAAGACAGACCAGCAGGGGCACCCGUACCUCCCGAUGACCACCUCCUCAGCCUGAAGGCCCUCACUGAGAAGCUGAGGCUGGAGACCCGAAGACCUUCCUAUCUGGAAUGGCAGGCCAGGCUGGAGGAGCAGACGUGGCCUUUCCCGAGGCCAGCUGCCCAGCAAGAGGCAAGUCUGGAGCAGGGAGCAUGUGGGGGUGGAGAGCCUCUGAUGCCUCUGAGGGAGCCCAGAGAGCUUCUCCCACCUGCCAGGAGUGCCAGCAGGGGUGACAGGCCACUGACCACAGGCAAGCUGGAAGGCUUCCAGAGUAUCGAUGAAGCUAUAGCCUGGCUCAGAAAGGAACUGGCAGAGAUGCGGCUCCAGGACCAGCAGCUGGCCAGGCAGCUCAUGCGCCUCCGCGGAGACAUCAACAAGUUGAAGAUCGAGCAGACCUGCCGCCUGCACAGGAGGAUGCUCAAUGAUGCUGCCUUUGAGCUGGAGGAGCGGGAUGAGCUGUCGGACCUCUUCUGCGACUCCCCCCUGGCAUCCUCUUUCAGCCUUUCCACGCCACUCAAGCUUAUUGGUGUCACCAAAAUGAACAUCAACUCCAGAAGGUUCUCUCUCUGCUGAGAAGCCUUGGGAUGGAAGGGGGACCAGAGCCAAGGGUGAGAGAGAGGGGACUCAGACCAAGUUACCCAAAGUGAGUCUCCCUAAGGCCAUGCUUGGGAGUGAAAGGCACCAGGACCUGGUGCUAGUAUGCCAGGGGCUUCAGCUUCGCAUACCUGGGUCUUCAUGUUCAAGACCCAAAGAGUCUGCAGACACUAUGUAAGACAGGGCUCUCGGCAGGAUCCCUGUGGCCUUCCCCUCUGUGGCCCACUUUCCUAUGCCCUAGAAUCACUGGUGCUAUGAUGUUGAAUCCCAAAGGGGACACCCCUCCCACACUCCCACCAAAGCUUGUUCUUAUAGAAAGCUCCAGGGAAGCUGAAAAGAUUAGAUUGUAUAAAGUACACCCAUCUCUCAUGUUCUGUUACCACCCUCUUAGUGCUAGCUCUAAUUGCCCCUAAGUAGGAGACUCAGCAACCUGUGCAGGGACAUGGUAGGACAGGAAAACUUAAAGGAACAACAAGGUGACUCAUGGGAUGCAGGCUUCUCUUCGAUGGCCGCCAGCAUCCUUGGGAAGGAGCUCUGCCCAGCUACUUUGAACCUCAGCCUUGAUGCCACAAGGCCAUGUUAUUUCCAGCUUGCUCUAUGACAUAUGAUACAUGUACCUUGUAUAGCUUUGGUAGAGCAACCCAGAUGCCCUGCUGUCUCCUGUCACAAACACUUCAGUUACCUCACUGCCACCCACAACCCCAGGAAAACACCUAGCAGGCCACUGGCGGAUAAACCAGGCAAGAUA